CUUUCCACUUUCUCUGCCCCUCUCUCUUCUAUUAUUCUACUUUUGGAGAGAGAGAGAGAGAGAGAAGCAGCAGCAAGUUCCAAAACAAGGAAUUUUAUUUUUUAUUUGCAGAGAAGCAUCGCCUUCCUCACUCCCAAAAAUCCCAUACCCACCAAUCCAAGAACAAGAAAAACUGGAGGUCUUCAUUCCUGAUUAUUGACCACAAUACAAUUUUUUCUGGGGGUUUCCGCCAGAUCUAAACUGAGAACUUCCCAUCAUAGGGUUUCUCCAAGCCACUUUUGAGGAAAUGAAGCUGAGGUUGUAAGAAGUGAAGGGAAAGUUGGUUUAAUUUAAUUUUGGUUUGUGGAUUGAGAUCUAAUAAGCACUUGAUCAUGACUCGGAGGAAAAUAAAGAUAAAGAAGAUCGACAACAUUGCAACCAGGCAGGUAACAUUCUCUAAGAGGAGAAGAGGGCUUUUCAAGAAAGCUGAAGAGCUUGCCGUCCUUUGCGACGCCGACGUCGCCCUCAUCGUCUUCUCCUCCGCCGGCAAGCUUUUCGAUUUCGCUAGCUCUAGCAUGAAGCAUAUCCUUCAAAAAUAUGUAUCUCAUUCAAGUAACAUCCACAAGUACCCAUCGCCUCUUCAAUUUCUGCAGCAAGAGAAUAGCCUUAAAGUGAGAUUAAGCAAGGAGAUUUCUGACAAGACUCGUGAGCUUAGGCGGAUCAGCGGUGAAGACCUUGAAGGAUUAAGUUUAGAGGAACUAGAAGAACUGGAGCAAAAGCUUGAAGUUGGAUUAAACCGUGUGUCUGAGACCAAGGAUAAACAGUUGAGGAAUGAGAUUGCUACCCUUCAAUACAAGGGUGCUGAGCUCAUGGAAGAAAAUAAUUGGUUGAAACAACGAGUUGCAAAUGACAGACAAAACAGGCGGAUUGCUCCUGACAUGGAUCGCAUGAUCCUAGAUGAAGGUCAGACAUCUGAGUCCAUGACCAAUAAUAGCACCACCCAGCCGCCUCUACAGGCUGCACACUGCUCAGAUACAUUGCUGAAACUCGGGCUACCCUUUCACUAGCUAGCUGAACAAGACCA